UUUACUCGCGUGGCUGAAGAUGGCGUCUCCCAUGGCGAGCCAGGCUGGGGUCGUAAUCCGAGAUUUGCCUUUGCUCAGAGCCACCCUGCUCAGGAGGCGCAACGCGGGUAUUCAGUUAACUCCUAGACGAUGGCUAAACCUGCAAGAAUACCAGAGUAAGAAAUUGAUGGCUGAUCAUGGGGUCACAGUUCAGAAAUUCUUCGUGGCUGACACUGCAAAUGAUGCUAUUGAAGCUGCUAAAAGAUUAAAAGCAACAGAAAUUGUGUUGAAGGCUCAGAUUUUAGCUGGAGGAAGAGGCAAAGGUGUGUUCAGCAGCGGUUUGAAAGGAGGUGUACAUUUAACAAAAGACCCUAAAGAGGUAGGACAGCUUGCUAAACAGAUGAUUGGAUAUAAUCUUACAACGAAACAAACACCAAAAGGGGGUGUUAAAGUUAAGAAGGUUAUGGUGGCGGAAGCUCUAAACAUUUCCAGAGAAACUUAUUUUGCAAUAUUAAUGGAUCGAGCUUGCAAUGGACCUGUUCUUGUUGGGAGCCCACAAGGUGGGGUUGAUAUAGAAGAAGUAGCGGCUAAAACUCCAGAACUUAUUUUCAAGGAAGAAAUAGAUAUUUUUGAAGGAGUAAAAGAUAUUCAAGCAGUACGGCUGGCAGAAAAUUUGGGAUUCAAGGGGCCUUUGCAGCAACAG